AUGGAUGUGGAAAAGAAAAAAGAUGAAAUCACCGUCGACGAUAUUUUGUUGGAUCUCGGACCAUUUGGGAGGUUCCACUUGACUAAUUAUCUAUUGAUUCUAUUCCCAGUGCUUUUGGCGGGAAUGUAUUCUUCAGUGUAUAAUUUUGAAGCUAUGGAUCUUAAAUAUAGGUGCUCGAUUCCUGAAUGCGAAGACCCGUCAAUCGUGAAUUUCAGCAUUCCCCACGACGCAAAUGGGGAGCCCUCGAAGUGCCGCCGCUUCGCCCCCUUCUCUAACUUUACAGCCCUGAAUGACACAUGCUCGCCGAACUAUUAUGACACUUCUACAGAAAUCAAAUGCGACUCAUAUGUGUAUUUUGAGGAACAUUCUAUUGUCAAGGAGUUUGACCUGGGCUGCCAGGAUUGGAAGCGUUCCUUAGUGGGAACAGUCCACAACGCUGGUUUCUUCAUAUCCAUCCCACUUACUGGCUUGUUAUCAGAUAAAUACGGAAGGAAGAUCGCUGUUGUGUUCGCGAGCGUUGCGAAUGGCGUGUUCGGUGUAAUACGAGCCUUCUCCAUCAAUUACGAAAUGUUUAUCGUGCUGGAGUUUCUGGAGCCGGCCCUUGGUGCUGGGGUGUAUACAGCGUGCUUUGUUCUUGCUAUGGAACUCGUUGGCCCAAAGGGAAGAGUCUUCGUGAGUCUCCUGUUCAAUACAAUGUUUAUACUCGGCGGCGUAUCUGUCACCGUCCUGUCCUGGUGGCUGCAGAAUUGGCGGUACCUCCUGCUCAUCAUCUAUACUCCAGCAAUCAUCACCUUCUUCUACAUCUGGUCUCUCACAGAGAGCUUUCGCUGGUUAUUCAGUAAGGGCCGCUUCGAAGACGGCAUCAACGUGCUCAAAAAUUGCGAGAAAUUCAACAAAGUAUCCGUCCCGAAAGACCAUUACGACCAAGUAGAGAAGCAAGCUAUGCAACAAAGGGAUGCUGUAAAAUUCGAGUCGCAAGAAUCUAAUCAGUCCACCUUUAAGCAGAUAUUUUCCUCAGCGCUUAUCUGGAAGAGACUGUUUAUCUGCUCAUUCCUGUGGACGUCGUCUACUCUUGUCUACUACGGUCUUUCUAUCAACGCUAUAGAGCUAUCCGGAAAUAGCUACUUGAAUUACAUAGUUGUAAUCGUGAUCGAAGCACCGGCGAACGUCUGCAAGUUGAUCUGCUUGGAUAGAUUCGGGAGGAAGAAGGUUAUUUCCACUGCAUUUGUUUUGACUGGAGUUAUACUUAUCGCGUAUGAGUUUGUACCAGGCGGCAACUGGUCUACGACCUUCUAUCUGGGUGGCAAGUUCUUCAUAACCCUCGCGUACAACUCGCUCUACAUCUUCGCCGCGGAAGUAUUCCCCACAAACUACAGGACCACUUUGUUGGCUAUUUGCUCAACGUUGGGCAGAGUUGGCUCUGCUCUUGCCCCACAGACACCAUUAUUGUCUAAACUGUACGAGUUCCUGCCAACAAUUCUUUUUGGAGUGAUGGCGACUCUCUCAGGAAUAAUAGUGAUGACCCUGCCAGAGACCAACAAUCAAAAACUUCCAGACUCAUUGAAAGAUGCGCAGGCACAGGACAGAAGAAAUAUUAUUAGUAAUACGAAUGAAAGGACUACAGAUAAUGGAACUAGACUAUGA